GCAUGACGUCACACCGCAGCAAACGCCACAGCUCGGCCAUCUUGUGACGCGAGGGGAGGGUCUGUCCGCCUUGCCUCAGCUCCCACUACGCUAUAAGACCCUCGUGCGUGACAUAUUAUCUCCCAGGAAGUCCCCACACAGAAGAUGUCCACGAUGAAUCCCGAAUAUGACUACCUCUUCAAACUCCUACUCAUUGGGGACAGUGGUGUUGGAAAGUCCUGUCUUCUCUUGCGAUUUGCUGAUGACACGUAUACAGAAUCUUAUAUAAGUACCAUAGGCGUUGACUUUAAAAUUCGUACUAUUGAGUUAGACGGUAAGACAAUCAAGCUGCAGAUCUGGGACACGGCCGGGCAGGAGCGCUUCCGCACCAUCACCUCCUCCUACUACAGGGGAGCCCACGGCAUUAUUGUGGUCUAUGACACCACUGACCAGGAAUCCUUCAAUAAUGUGAAGCAAUGGCUGCAGGAGAUUGACAGAUAUGCCUGUGAGAAUGUGAACAAGCUUCUGGUGGGCAACAAAUGUGAUCUUACCCACAAGAAGGUCGUGGACUACCAGACUGCCAAGGAGUAUGCAGACUCUCUGGGUAUCCCCUUCCUAGAGACGUCUGCCAAGAAUGCCACCAACGUUGAACAGGCCUUCAUGACGAUGGCUGCCGAGAUCAAGAACCGCAUGGGACCACCCUCAGCUCCUGGCUCAGCGGGUGUUAAAAUCAACCCCAGUGUCCCUGUAGAGCCCCAACCUGGUGGCGGGUGCUGCUGAACACAAACUUAGGUUAGCACCAAAGCUCGGCAGAUCCAGGACACUAGGACACCUACAGAGGGCUUGGUGCUACUGCCCCCCAGCAGCAGGACUCCAGUGUUACCCUCGAGGCAAUAAUAAGCUGCUAACAACAUCAGCUGCAGCUUAAUUUGGGUUCUAGUUUCCUGGAUCACAACUUCCUGGUGACCAGUUUGCACCAGGUAGUUAGUGAGUGAUGUCAAUUUGUGUUAUGCCAGAGUACUUGAACACCAAAGGGCAGGAGUCCAUCCGUCCGGCCUCUGAUGGUGAAGUGAGAUAAACGGUGAGCCAUAACCUUUCAAUUUAUUGUUUAAUCUGUGUAAGAUGGUAAAUAACAAUACACUGGCAACUUUUCCUAAAGACUCUGAAAGUUGUGAAAUUUUCUCAUCAUUAAUGCUGGAAGGUGAAGACAUGCUGAGGGACAUUGGGUAUCUUGUGAUAAUUCUUUGAGGAUUUCUUCUUAUAUGGUAUGAAUUGCUUCAUUAGUUUGUACCCAUGAUGCAAACAGCAAACCUCCUCUAAACAUUGCUAGUGGUCUGGGAGUGGAAGCAGGUGGAAAGCUAAUACUAGUGAUUUUUUUAUUUAUUUAAUUAAUUAGGGAUAUUUUGUUAGAAGCGAAGAAGCUUGCAGUGCCAGCAACCAGCUUCCUAAGUGCUCAGACAUUUUGUUUGAGUAUAUAUAUAUAUAUAUAUAUAUAUAUAUAUAUAUAUAUAUAUAUAUAUAUAUAUAUAUAUAUAUAUAUAUAUAUAUAUAUAUAUAUAUAUAUAUAUAUAUAUAUAUAUAUAUAUAUAUAUUUAAAAGUUUGUAACUCCUUUACUUUCUUGCAGUUAUUAUCAUAUUCUGAUCAGUAAAUGACAAGAAAUAUGAAAACUAUAGAUAAAUGAAGAUUAUUAGUCUUGCUACUGUAUUAAGUUACUGAAAUUUUGUGGUUGUCCAUUUUAAUAUAAAAUAGUGUAAUAUAUAUAUAUAUAUAUAUAUAUAUAUAUAUAUAUAUAUAUAUAUAUAUAUAUAUAUAUAUAUAUAUAUAUAUAUAUAUAUAUAUAUAUAUAUAUAUAUAUAUAUAUAUAUAUUUGUACACACACACACACACACACACACACACACACACACACUGUUCCCACUUUGUUAUAACAAGGGCUUUCCAAUAAGCAUGGUAGGUUAUUUACAGCACCUGAUUUAUAUAUGAAAAUAAUUGUACUGAUUCAAGCACAGUGGUACUCAUUCUAAACCGCCUUGUUAUUCUUUUGUAAUUUUCUGUUCAACUAAUGUGCAUACUGUCCUUGUUGCCCAGUUUGAAGGCUGAAGAAAGCAUUUGGCUGAAAUGAUUGAAGUUUAUACAAAGGUGUACGUACUGAUGUUUGUGUGAGAGGAAGGAAGGGCGCUGAAGCCACGACACUAGGGCUGUGUACACAUUACCUGGACCAUACGCUAAAAGGAUGUCCAUUCCAUCUCUUUUCUAUUGAUCAAAUCUUAAGCCUUGUACAUGGAUGAAUGUUUCACAGUAAACUCUAAAGACAAAAGAUUGUUUGAGACUCUGCUCCCCCUGAAAAGAGAAAAUCAGUAAGGGCCUUGAUCCAAGCUCAAGAAAGCUGUAAUGUUCAAUUUGACUUUUUAGUGCAAUGAAUUUAUUAGAACUUGUACAAUGCAACUGGUUGUAAAAGACCAGAGUGUAUAUUUUUUCUCAGAAUAAUAAUGUUACAAGUCAUUUGUGUUGGAGUGUAUUUGUUUAAUAUUGAUAUGUAAUCCAGUAUACUGUGUUGAUGUCAUUAACCCCUAACCUCUCAGUAACUUAUUUGUAGGUGUGGCUCUGGGUGGCAGACUUACAGUGUAUAAUGACCCAUCACACCUUCAAUGCUCAGUGAUCCCCGGGGAAUUCAGUUACUAAUCUAAGUAUAACAUUCAGAGUAAGUGUAUCCAUUCCAUUCAUAGUUGCUUGCCCAGCUUCACCUCUCCACCUACACACAGAUAAAUGGAUCAUUGUGAAAGUAGGGUAGAGAAGAAACUGCAAGCAGUGAUGAUAAAGAGGGAGACUGUUGCUUUGCUUGCAUACUCAUCUGCAGCCAUAGCCAUGCAGCAGUUGAGGGAAGAACCAGUGUUUUUGGUAUUUUAUUGGGGUCUUGAAUUGGUUGGCUGAUGUACACACAAAAGUGGAUGGAGGCAACUUUUGUGAACAGGUUUGGGUUAACACAUUGACCACCGGUCACUGCUUAGAGGUUAGGUGUUAAUAGACUUAUUAUUUUACUAGAUCAUCAAGAAUGUUCCCAGGUAAAACAAAUAAUUUACCAGCUGGGCUAAUGAAGAGUAAGUCAUUAAAAGUCUUUAGUGGAGGCAUUGUCCACGUAAAUAUUCACCCCUGAAGGACAUUUAUGGAUUCAUAAAUCGGUUACUAAAUCAAGGCAUUCAUAAAAUAAUUCUGCUCAAAGAAAUAAUGUAAUGUCAUUAUUUAAGGACAUUCUUGGAUUAUUCUCUUGACACCAUGUUGGAUGUAGUAGCCUUAGGACUAAACUCUUCAAGAGAUUUGGAAAGGUGAAGACUGUAUUUACCCACUUAUGGUUUUUAAAGAGUACAGAGGGAUUAGCAAAAGUGAUACUGAGCAAGCACUUUACACCAAUAAAGCAGGUCAGAACCUGUAGCAAUGGGUCAAAGUAAGUUCAUUGAAAUUAAGGAGGAAGGCAAGAAUUAGUUCACAAAUUUAUUACGGGAUGAGUGGAAGGAGCAAACGAAAGUUGAAUCUAUGUGUUUAAGCAAAUGCAGAAAAAAAAUAAAGGUGAUAAUAAAUUAAUGGUUUUCUAGAACUAUUCUUCAUAGGCUGAUUGGUCUCCUACAGACAGUUUUUUUAUGUGAUAAAUUUAAUACCCCCAAAAUUGUUAUAACUAAGAAGUCAAAGUUGAAUGGUCCACAAGAAAGCUUAAGUGCCUGCUUCAGUAGGUGCUCUGCUGUACAGUCAGUGUGUGGGGCACUCAAUGAUGAUUACAGUGAGGGAAAUAUUGCUUGUUAUAAAUAUCACCCAGUUUUCUCCACGCAAAAAUGCAACCUAGCCGUUAAAUUUCUCAUGAAAGUCAUCGUAACCCUGAUACAGAAUAGAAUUAUCACCAGCUUAUCAUGAGAGGAUGAGGCAGGACCAAAAAUGUCCACCACCAUGAAAAAAAGAAAAAACAAUCAUCACCAUGACUUGUCAUGAUGAAACGAAUGCAUAUCACCAUCUAGAUUUUUCCCUGAGAUGAGGGGGUAAAGAAUACAAGUAUGUAUUCUGCUGUAUUCUCAGGUGUGCGAAAGGGGCACAGUUGCUAUGCUUCCGGAGGAUGAAGUUCCUGGCAUGGGAAAAGUGUCAGUCAUCCUAUGGUCCUUUUUUCUACUAGGCCACUGCAAGAAGCAAGAUCAGUGAUGAUCGGCAAAGACCAACCCUUUAGAUUGAUCACACACCAAGAAAUGUUUAAUCUGAUUGGUCUUUUGUCUUGCAGUGAUGAGUAAACUGAAAUUGACUAAUGAAGUCCAUCAGUCAGUCAGGUGCAGCAGUGAAGCUCCCUAAUACAAACCACUUACUAAUUGUAAAGAUGCAUUUUAUGGAAUGAUACACAGGACUAAGAAUAAGUAUUCAAAGAUGCAUAUAUCAGUUGUAUGUGAGUGUGUAUGUUUGUGUGUCAGUCACUGGUUUGUUUCAGUUAUCAGUAAAUACAUAAAUGUCAUUCAUGUAAUUUUUGUAAGCAUAAGGAAGUCUUUUAACAAGAUAGUGAGGAUUAGUAUAAUGUAAUACAGAAGGUUUUCACAUUUUCUUUUCAUGGAAAAGCUCAGGCAAUCAAAAUUAAUUCUCACUGACUCUUAUUUGAUAUAUCAGAAGGCUGAGCAGAAGUCCAUGUAGAGUUUUGAUUAUAUACUAAAACAAUUGAAAUAUGUUAUUCUUCCAGGUAAUGUAUUUUAUUACAGUCAGUAACUUUAGUGGUCAUUUUAAACUAUGCAUUUUUAUGAAGUCGCAGAGAUCUUUGGAGUGUGUUUGAAGUAACAUGUAAAUACAUAAGUAUUUGGACUUUAUGUAUGCUUGUUGCACCAUAAACGUUAAUGUGUGUACAGAAUAUAUCUACAGCAAGAGUGAGUGAAAACUUGAAUACUAUGUUUAGGGCUUCAGAACUGUACAGUUUUAUUAAUUUAUAGGAACUGUUAAAGACACUAUCCUAAUGUAAGGGAGAGAUUAAUGAUGCUGAAUAGGUUUAUUAGUUUCAUAUGCAUAUAUGAAUACUGAAUAGUUGUAAUACUUUCAUAUAUAGACAUCAGCUUGUCAUUAUGUAUCAUCAUGCCUGCCUCUCACUUACGAUAUAACUCCUCUUUGGUAGAACUCUAACACUGGUGAAGUGAAAUUUAAGUAGAUUGCACUUUUCUUCAGGGUGCUUAACCUCUAGAAUUACAAGACUUGAGAAUCAAGAAUAAUGUCUAUAAUCCCCUUCAUGAUGUAAAAAAUAAGUAAAAGGGAUUUGCCACUAUGCUACAAGAAGUCAAGGUUGGAGACUAGGCCCUGUCAGCUGUUUUGUGCCUAGAUCACCAUUCUGGAUGCAUAUGUUAGAGAUUUUCUCAGUACCCUUCCCGGUCUCUGUGGGAUACAGGAUCAGUGAUAAAUAUGAUACUUGAAAACUUUCAUUAUUUUAUCAAGGAUGAAGACAAGAGGGAGAUACAAAGGCAUUUUGCAAGAUGGUUUGUUGUUAUGUAAUAAAAGAUCAAGCCAGACCAACAUAAUUUAUUAGAUCUUAAGUCACCUUGAUUCGUGUUGUGUGAUUUAUUAAAAAAAGUGCACUUUGA